GACGCAGUUGUUUUUUGGCAAAAAACCAUUCCUGCACCUGUUGCCCGAUUUGUCGCCUGCGAAUUCGAUUUCAGUGCAAACCUGCGUUUGGUCUUUUUUAUGCCCUGUAGUGGUAAUCGCUGCCAAAUUAAUUGCGUCGAAGUUGGAUUCGAUCGGUGAAGCAGUACGAAAAUGGGCAACACCAGUUCAAAAGGGGAGUCGGACGCCAGCGAGCCGCCCCUGGAGGGGGGGAAGCACAAGGCCAAGCUACAGGUCCAGAACCAGCACAAAGGAAGCAUAAACUCCGCUUCAAGUGGCGCCAGCUCUGACGUAGGCGGUAGCAACAACAGCCUAAUGGUGCAGCAGGUCCAGGGCUCUAUGACCAGGUCCGCAUCCGGGGCGGAUGUUACCGAGAAAUACCUUACCCAGUUGGUGCCAGUGGAGAAGCUGGCGGAGAUUCUCAGGGAGCAGUCGUCAGCCAAGUUCGGCGUUAAUGGUAUAGUGUCAGACGUCUUUGUGUCACAAGUCUUUCCGCAGUACGCGGAUCUGGGCCAGCGGUUGUUCAGGCUGAUGCAUACGAACUCCAAGGCCACCACCAAGCAUCUGGGUGCCGUGGCCUUCCGACAGCAAUGUGAACGCUUUCUCGGCAUCAUGGACGAUGCAAAGACGUUGGAGUGCUACAUAAAGAUGUAUUCGCAAGACGACAAUCCCGACUUUAUCGACAAAACGGGCGUCACCCGUCUACUACACAUAUGCUACACCAUUGCCAUGCAGCACUCGGGCAACGCUGUUCUCUGCCAGGCCAUCAACCGCACCUUCGGCUCGGUAACCAAGUCGAUAUUUCUUUGUCACGACAGCCUGAGUCUGGGCUAUGUGUGUCGCUGGUUCGAGCAGAACCUCAUCCGACUUGUGCUGCUGGUACACAAGUACUGCGUGCACACGUUGUCCACCGCUUAUCGCGGUCUAGAGCAGCAGACCCAGUCAUGCGGCAUCGAGCUGCAGACCCCGGUGCUCGAGCAACGCAAUCCCUUCACGGACACCACAGAUCACAGUGGUGGUGCAGCUUUCUUGGAUUCCCUGAUGCCACUCUCACAGGCAUGGCUCCUAGCUGGAGCUCUGCCGCCACUCUACUCCAAGCCGCAGACAGUAGCACCAUCGCCGGCAAGCAAAAGCAAUAACAAUAGCACAGCAUCCACAGUCGUGCAGAUCUUUAAGGAGAAGCUCUCGAUGAUGCCAUCGCACUGGACGCUGCUGUACGAUUCCAACGAGCACGGAGUAGGUGCCAAUCGAUUCCUGCAUCACGUUCUUGGCUACCGGGGACCAACACUCGUACUGCUGCACACCAAGGACGAGCAGACGUACUGCAUCGCUGCGCCCAGUGAAUGGAAGGAGACGCACCUGUUUGUGGGCGGGGAGGGAAGCUGCGUCAUUCAGCUGCUGCCUAAGUUUGUGAUACUGGAGAAGAAGCCCAAUAUUCUGUAUCUGAACACGAGCAUACGCGGCUAUCCGAAGGGAUUGCGUGCCGGCGCCGAUCCCCGCAAGCCCAUCAUAGCGGUCGACGAGCACUUUGAGAACGUUGACUGCAAGGGCCUGGCUGCAGGACUAAUGUCGAUAGAGGUAUGGGGCUGCGGCGACAAGACAUCACGCGAAGUGCAAUUGGACAUCAAGAAGUGGCAGAUCAAGGAGGCCGAACGACAACGAACGGUGAAGCUCACGGCCGCCGACUGGAUGGACCAUCCGGAUCGAUAUCUACUCGAGCUGGGUGGCAGGCAGAACUACAACAAUUGAUCGGAGCAGUAGCUGCGAGGAGCACUCCAUUACGCGUCGAAAUUUACUGGGAUUCGUUACAAUUAUGCACACGCAGCACGAGAAGCAAUCACUGGACUGAAUUUGUUUUUAAUUGAUGUUGAUUGAUAUUUGGUUUACUUGUUUUCUUCUAUUAUCAGCGUUUAGUAUUCAAUUUGAUUUAUGUUCGUAACGUGAAUUCCGUGUAUGCCUUUAAAUGUACUUCGUUUCAUAUCUGUGUCUGUCCUCACUUCUCUGUCAGGCAUCUCUGUCCAUUUUCUGUCCGUCAAUUUUAAUUUAAUGUUUGUUUCGUUUUGUAUCUUCGUUUAAACUUAAAAUGCAAGUAUUAUGAAAAAGACAUGGAAAUCGAAGUGCUAAACAAAUGAUUCAAUAAAUGUUAAUUAUAAAAAAUAUUAAA